UAACAAUGUUGAAAUCAAUUGUAAUUUUUUCUGCGUUACUGGUGUGCUGCUACUGUGAAGAUAAUUUGUUGAUAGACGAAGCUAGGGCAAAGAAGAAGAAAAGUGUGGCUCGUCUGUGGAUAAUGAUCAUCCUCUUCAUCUUCUCAAAAGUGGCAGUCCUCAAGGUCGUCUCCGUGUUCCUGUUCAUGGCCUUCUUCCAGAAGUUCUGCUAUAUCAUCGGCCUCCUCAUCAGCUACUACAUGAAGAGCCGCGAGGCCAUGAAGCCUGUGGCCUCUCCGUCUACCCUGUACGGACCCCCUGCCGACUAUAACACUAUAGGGUACAGCUACGGACCCCCUGAGAGCGAACCGCUUACGAACCAUGAGAAUCACAGUCCCGGGUUCCUGGAUUUGGGCAAUUUCAAUUGGCCAUUCAAGAGGAAUUAG